UUUCCCACGACACGCUUGUCUGAGCACAAUAGUCCACCAUGUCUUACUCGUGGGUUGGCCCACCUACGGUCUUCAAUGGCACCAAUGCCUUUGAGGGUGGAGAUUCCAGUAAGUCACCUCCGUAGCACCGACCCAUGUGAACCCUACUCCACCGUUUUCGUCCGAUCCACCCCAAAAAAGUUUCCAUUUAGCUUCACGAAGGCCCUCGUUAACAAUGACACUCUAAUAGACGUUGAAAACAUAAAUCAAUGGUUCCAAUCCGGUGACCAGGCCUACAUCAUCGUGGCUUCGGCCAUGGUGUUAGUCAUGGUACCAGGUCUUGGUUUCCUCUACUCCGGUCUUGCCCGAAGGAAAUCUGCUCUGUCCUUAAUUUGGGCAUGUAUGGCUUCCUGCUCCGUCAUCACUUUCCAAUGGUACUUCUGGGGAUAUUCGCUGGCCUUCAGCCAGUAUGGCAAGAGCGGUUUCAUAGGUGAUCUCUCUAAAUUCGGGCUCAUGAAGACUCUGGGAGCUCCCAGCCCUGGCAGCCCCUUGAUCCCAGAUCUUCUCUAUGCUUUCUAUCAGAUGCAAUUCUGCGCCGUCACAGCCGCCAUUGUUGUCGGAGCAGUUGCCGAACGAGGCCGCUUGAUCCCCAUGAUGGUAUUCAUCUUCUGCUGGGCUACACUUGUAUACUGCCCAAUUGCUUGCUGGGCCUGGAACGUUAAUGGAUGGUUUUUCAAAUGGGGCGGACUCGACUACGCUGGUGGAGGCCCCGUCGAAAUUGGCUCUGGUAUGUCUGCCUUGGCCUACUCCAUGGUCUUAGGAAGACGCCAGGAGAAGAUGAUGCUCAACUUCCGCCCACACAACGUUUCUUUGAUCACCCUCGGCACGAUUUUGCUCUGGUUCGGUUGGUUGGGUUUCAAUGGAGGCUCUGCUUUCGGUGCUAACCUUCGUGCCACCAUGGCGUGCUGGAACUCGAACUUGACUGCUAUGUUCGCCGCUACGGCUUGGGUUCUUCUCGAUUGGCGCCUUGCUCGCAAAUGGUCUAUGGUCGGCUGGUGCUCAGGUUGCAUUUCUGGCCUCGUUGCUGCUACGCCCGCCUCUGGCUACAUCCCACCUUGGGCUAGUGUUGUUCUAGGUAUCGUCACAGGUAUCGUGUGCAAUUUUGCCACCAAAGUGAAAUUCUGGAUCAAGAUUGAUGAUGCCCUCGACGUGUUCGCUGAGCACGGUGUCGCUGGCAUGAUUGGUCUCCUGUUCAACGGUAUCUUUGGUGCUGCUUACAUCAUUGGUCUUGAUGGUGUCAAUACUGGCCUCUUUCCCGGUGGCUGGAUUGAGCACAACUAUAAGCAACUCUACAUCCAGUUCUCCUAUGUUGUGGCCGCUACUGCAUAUGCCUUCGUUGUCAGCGCUCUGCUCGCUUUCAUCAUCGACAAGAUUCCCGGCCUGCACCUCCGUGCGUCCGAAGAGGCUGAACUUCUUGGAAUGGAUGACGACCAGCUCGGAGAAUUUGCCUACGACUACGUCGAGGUUCGCCGUGAUUACCUUGCCUGGACACCCGCCAAGAACGACCCUAUCUCCACCGAGCACUCGAUUCCUCAAGGAGAACGCCACGGCAUUGCGCAGCACAGCCAGAUGCUAGAGGGCAAGGAGCCAAGUGAGAGCAGCGGAGACGCUCACACUGGUAUUAGCGGUGACCGCCACGCCAUUGCCGCAGAGAAACCUGAACUUCAGGCGUAAACAGUCUGAAUUGACUUCUCGUCUGUUUCUGACAUGGAGUCUAGAGUGAGCAUUUUAGGAGUUAAAUAUACCACUAACUGUGUCUGUCUUUUCCAGUAGAGGGUUGGUGACCGGCACAGAAUGUCUUGUCGGCCUAGACGUUGGUGGAUUUGUAGCAACAACAGGCAUUUGCCACUUCCUAAUCCUCUAUUUUCAUCCUGUAUUGUACAUAUAAAAUUGCUACAGCCUCGCUGGUACUGAGCAAUUCAAAAAUCAUUUAAAUCCCAUC